CCAGCGCCGUCCUGCUGAAAAGAAUAUACAUCGCCUCAUCGGUCAGUUUAUUUUUUUGUUUUCGUAUUGUCGUGUCAUUUUUUUAAAAGGCACUUAAACUCUCAUUAUACUUAAACUCUCGUGUGAUUAAACAUCAAUUGGACUAUUCAAAUUAAUUUUCAUAUAAUUACUGAUUUUAAGUUCACUAAUAUAAAGUUUUAAGGCAUUCAAAUCCUGGGAUUAAUAUACAAUUUACAAUGCAAAAUACAAGGCAAAUAACAGAAUUCAGGAGAUGUACACGAAACAAAAUAAUAUAUACAAAAUCAUGUUUUGCUCAUAUGUGUGAAGUAUUGCAAUCUCUACGAAAUGAUGAAGUUUUUUGUGAUGUUAAACUUGUAACAGAGGAUGAUAACAAAAUAAUAUUCGCACAUAAAGUAGUAUUAGCAUCGGCUUGUCGUUACUUCCAUGCUAUGUUCACAAAAUUUGCAGAACGGAAUCUUGAUAUUAUUGUUAUAAGAGACAUAAACCCAACCGCUUUACGGCUCUUAGUAGAUUUUAUGUAUUCAGGAAGAAUUAUAAUCACUGAAGAAAACGUCAAAAUUUUGCUAUCCACUUCAGAUCUCUUGCAAUUAGAAGAAGUAACAGAGCAGUGUUGUUAUUAUUUACAGGAUCAACUCUGCCCUGAAAAUUGCAUCGAUAUAUACGCAACAGCUGAUUUAUAUAGCUGUACGAUAUUGUUGGCAAAUUCAGAACGAUAUAUUCAACAAUACUUUUCAGAAGUUGUUGCUGGUGACGAUUUCCUAUCCUUAUCAGCAGCACUAUUCAUACAGUUGAUCUCCAGUGAUAAACUAGCUUCAUCUGAAGAAAAAGUAUUUGAAAGUGUUAUUCGUUGGGUAAAACAUGAUUCGAAUUUAAGAAAAUAUGCUUUACCCCAAUUGAUGGAAUAUGUACGUUUACCAUUAACAUCGAAGAAGUACAUAUUAGAUAAAGUAGUUGAGGAAUCCCUUAUUAGAAAUUGUUGUAAAUGUAAAUCGUUUAUAAAUGAAGCUCUUAAUUUUCAAAUACUCAAGGCAGAAAAGUAUUGCAGUAUUCCGCAAAACAUCCGGCACAAACCGAGAUACGGAGAUAACGUUAUGCUAGUUGCUGGUGAAACGUUUACUGGCGUUUGUAAGAAAAUGAAAUGGUAUGACCCAAAAACGAACCGAUGGCAGUAUGGACCAGAAAUUAUUACAAGCCGUGAAGGAGCUGGUCUAGCAGUAUUGAAAGAUCAUUUAGUGGUUGCUGUGGGUGGUUUUGAUAAAGAUAAUAAUGAAUAUCUUAGGUCUGUUACUGUGGUAGAUGUUUCUUCAAAAUCACUUUGUUGGAAACCAAGUGUUGACAUGAUAGUUAAAAGAAAAUAUCCAGUCGUUGGUGUAAUAAAUGACUAUCUAUAUGCUGUUGGCGGAGUUAACAAUGUUGAUGGAAAUUUAAAUAGUGCAGAAAUGUUUGACUACAAUACUCAAGAAUGGCGUAUGAUAUCUGGUUUGCCUUCUAAAAGAUCUCGUUUUGGGGGUGCUGUCCUGAAUAAUCUUUUAUAUGUGGUAGGAGGACGUGGUAUAUCAAUGCAGAAUUUAGACACUGUUGAAUGUUAUCAUCCCGGUCUUGAUAAAUGGAAACCAGUUGCAAAAAUGUCUGUUCGUCGCAGUGGUGUCGGAGUAGGAGUUUUAGACGGUGUACUGUAUGCUGUAGGUGGUCAUGAUGGAUAUAACACACUUAACAGUGUUGAAGCAUACAGGCCAAGUACAGGAGUUUGGACUUCUAUAGCAGAUAUGUAUCAUGCUCGAAAAUAUGCCGGAGUAGUUGCAUUAAACGGUUUAUUGUAUGUCGUCGAUGGACAUGACGACUCUUUAUAUAUGGGUUUAUAUUUGGGUUCUUCAGAAUGUUACGACCCACAAACCAAUUCUUGGACCAUGGUCACAGCGUUAAAGCAUGAUGAACGGAUUCAUUCAAGAGUAGUAGCCUUUAAUAGGCCAAGACAUCUUACAACUUGUUAGCAAUCAUGAUUUUUUUUUUUAUACAAUUUAUUAAUGUUUUAUUGCAUUGUAUUAUUGUAUAUUACUUGAUUUUCCAUUAAUUUUUUAGUUAUAAAUGUUUUACUAAAAGGUUUUCAUAUUAUGGUCGUCAUUAUAACAAAAAUUGGCAAUUAAUGAUUUAUAACCAGUUCAAAUUAUAUAGUAUGUUAAAUUUCUAUUUUACUUUUCCAUUGCUAAAAAUAAAACAUUUAAAUUAAGGUUUAUCGUAAUUCAUAAGUAGUUAAUACUGUAACAAACAAUUAUAAUUCAACAAAUAUAUACCUAAACACAA